UUAAAACACUUCCUUCGUUCAAUUUCUGUCUCCUUUGAUUCACCAGCUGCGGCGCUCUAGUACAUACAUAUUCACAUUCAGUGUGUAUACUCUGAACAAACAAAAUGGCGUACGCUGCGAUGAAACCCACCAAGCCUGGUUUGGAGGAAUCUCAGGAACAGAUCCAUAAGAUUAGGAUCACCCUUUCCUCCAAGCAUGUCAAAAAUCUCGAGAAGGUUUGUGCCGAUUUGGUUCGUGGUGCUAAGGAUAAGCAUCUUAGAGUGAAGGGUCCUGUUAGGAUGCCUACUAAGGUUCUUCAUAUCACUACUAGGAAGACCCCUUGUGGAGAAGGUACCAACACCUGGGAUAGAUUUGAACUCCGUGUGCACAAGAGAGUCAUCGACCUCUACAGUUCCCCAGAUGUUGUUAAACAGAUUACCUCUAUCACCAUCGAACCUGGCGUCGAGGUUGAGGUUACCAUUGCAGAUGCUUGAUCUUGAUCCCAUUUCUAACUUGUUAUGUCUGCUGUUUCUUUUUUGCCCUCUGUAUUUUUGAUAGUUUUGUUAUUUGGGACAAACUUGGCUUGUUUUCUUUAGUUUUUGGUUCUGGACAUAGAUGAGCACCUCGAGAUACUUCAUAUUUGAUGUUUCAGAUUCUUGUUGAAUAUUUAUUUUGAUAUAUCAAAAAUUCUUAUCUUUUAUGCUCA